UGAAGAAGAGAAGAACGCAGCUCUUAUAAUUAUUGUUGUGGAGAUUGGCUUCAAAGAAAGCUCCAGUUGUAUAUUUGUUAAACAACCCAGGCUAUAAUCAGCUACACGCGCUGCUGUGGACUCAAGUAGAACUAGCUAUCCAAGAUAUUAAAAGCUCACGAGAUUGUCAUGAGUAUGUUGAAUGGAGGAUUAGAUCACAAAUUAGAGCUUCAUAUUCUUGAACUUAAGCUGCGGGUUACAAACAUCAAAAAAGACGCCAUUGGAAGCUACACUCACGCUCUUAUCAAGAUAGCUCUUCUACCACAUUCUUGUCCAAAGUUCUUUAGUUUUACAGAAACAAAAGGUGGCUAUACAGUUAUUGUGGAGGAUAAUCUGUAUUCAGAACUACCAAAAGGAGAGAGCAUAGAUGUUGCUGAUCCAAUUUGGAGGGUGCUGACUGUAUCUGCAGGUGCACUAGGAUCACACAAAUUAACAGGCAUCAGCAAAAUAGUUAAAACAGUUAUAUCUCCACUGGCAGACAACAACAUAUCUGUGUUAAUAAUAUCUACAUAUCAGUCUGACUAUGUUCUUGUGAAGGACUUUGACUUACAAACGGCAAUCAAAUGUUUGUCUUGUAAUUUUAAAAUUUUUAUGGAAACACCUUCUGGCUUAGAAAGUAUAGAGGUUUCAAUAGGUGACAGAAUGGAAGGCAUGUUGAAGAAAAAUGAUAUUUCAGAUCAUCGUCCAAUAAAACAUCCCUUAACCUGCCUGCACAAUCGUUUUCACAUCAGCAGUGUUGACAUGCAAAUGGUCCAAACACUGAUGCCGAUUAUCCUUGACUUCAUGUUUUACUCAAGCUCCAAACCCAAGCUAGCAGAGGGCUAUGAAAUAUUUUUUCAUUUGUCAAUUGUCGAAGGUGACAUCACCCUUGUCUUGGACAAUGAAUCACUUUCAAGGUUUCCAAGUGGUUCGCUUCACACAAGUAACAGCGACGAGUGCUGGAGAAUGUUAAGAAUUGGAGACUCCCCUCUAGGAUUCGAUGAGAGUGGUGUUGCUGCACAAGUAGCCGAGCCCCUAGCUGAUGCUCAAAUGACUGCAUAUUAUAUCAGUACAUAUGCACUGGGACAUACCCUGAUCCCUGAAGGAGAGAUUAGCCACGCUUUAGAGAUAUUGGAUUCUCUGAAAGUCAGCUAGGUAGGCAUGUAGAUAGCUUCCUAGAUAGACGUUCUUCGUGUCACGCAACGUUGCGUGACAGACACUAAGAACGUCUGCAAAGGAGGCUAGCAUGUAGAUCUAUCUCUACGAAAUAUCACGAUAAUUAUUUUAUUAGAAUUUAAAGAUACCGAGCCAUAGCAUCAUAUACACUGUACCUUACCCCAAAAAUUAAAGUCGAGUGAAUUUACUUGGACCAUGAAAAGCUGAAAAAGUUGUAUACGGUGUAAUACAUGCAUCAAGAGUUCCGCGCUACUGCUCUAAGCGCAUGCUCAAGGGCCGUCAAAAACCGCAAUCAUGGGUUGUAAAAAUUGCUAUAUUUUGGUUUAUUUGAUUUGGAAUUAGUUUAACGCUACUUGCUCUUGAAUAUUCAAUGAAAAUUGUGCUUGAUAAGAAAAAUACCAUUAAAACUGUUACAACUCAUUUUUUGACCCCUUGAACGUGCGCUUAGAGCAGUAGCGCGCAACACUUGAUGCAUAUAUUAGUGAGUAACGAUAAUUGAAAAAAAAACCAUUUAAUUAGUGCCUACUACUAUGUAUUAUGCUUUUUUUUUUUUUUUUUUCACGGCCAAGUACAAUCACUCUAAUAACACUGCUAUGGAUAUGUUAGAAGAGCACUGUCUUCUCUAUAGGAUUAGACCUCUUUACCUCGAGCAUAAUGUUUUCCCGUUUCACAACAUAUUCAUUAUUUAAGAAUAAGAUACUUUGUUUAAAAGUUGUAUCUAUAUUCAUGUGUCUUCUCAUGUGCAACCGUUAAACAAAGAAAUGAUAAUCUAGGGUAUUAUACGUGUUGCGGAAUGGGAAGACAUUACGUCCAAGGUAAAUAGGUAUGUUAUAGGUUACACUGUACCCUCCAAAGUGAAAAUAUAGUAGACUAGUAAGUGUAGGACAGAAAAUGGGGAAGAUGGUCUGAGACUUGAAAAUUUCAUCGAUGAUUCAAAACAAAAAGCGACCAAAUAUCAAACCUAGUAGAAAACACACUGGAGCUAACUUCAGGUAGAAUGAUGCGUGCUUGGAAUCUUUAAAUAGAUGGGCUUUUCUUUUUUUUUUUUUUUUUUUUUUUUUAAAAGGGCGGAAAAUAAAUCUGUAAAAAGUAUUGGGUUAUUCAGUAUUAAGACGGAAAGAGGUACGGUAAUGGCUUACAGCAAGUACACUGAACGAAAUGCCGUAGAAUGGUUUUGGUAUGAUUUGGAAACAUACGGUACUGACUUACAGCAUGUACACAGCACGACAUGCCGUAGAAUGGUUUUGGUAUGAGUUGGAAACAUACGGCACCGACUUGCAACAAGUACACGGCACGAAAUACCGUAGAGUGGUGUUCGUAUGAGUGGGAAACAUACGCGGUACUGACUUACAGUACGUACACGGUACGACAUGCCGUAGAGUGGUUUUGGUAUGAGUGGGAAACAUACAGUACUGACUUACAGCACGUACACGGUACGACAUGCCGUAGAGUGGUUUUGGUAUGAGCGGGAAACAUAGCGACAACUUUUUAAAAAUAGAUGUACAUCAGAACAAAUUUUAUCGAUAAUGAUUUAUGAUCAAAUUGAAAACGAUGAAUGCUUUUUGCUGCAGCAUUUUAUGUAUAACCAGCAACAUUUUAGACCAUACGAUUAAUUUAAAUUUAGAUUUUUAUAUUUAACUAUUUUAUAUUUACUGACGCCUGCAUGUGACGUCCACUUAUUUUGGGGUUAAAACAAAGUCAGUUAUUUUAUUAAGAAAUGUGAAUAAAUAAACUCAUUAAAGGUUUGGGUACGUUGAG